UACAGCAGUUACAUAGCGUUUUGUGUAAUCUAUUAUGAAUUAUAUAUAAGAAGAAUCUGACCACGAUCAGCAAAACUCGCAUGAGAUAAGAUACGGUUUAAUCAAGUUAACUCGCUUUCAUGUUUAUUUUAUACACUCGAUGUCAGAAGGUAAAUCUUUCUUUCAAUUGUCCGAGAUGAUACACACAUAUUACCGAGCAAUUUACUUGAUUGUUAAUAAUUUUAUAGAAAAGUAUUAAUCAGCCUAUAAGUAUUCAAGGUCCAUACCUUGAGUUUACUGGGUUACAUUGAAAUUGCCUGUAUAAGUUUCACUGACAUUGUUUUCAUCAACAAGAAAUUGCCAAUUUCUUUUACCAAAGCGCAAAGAUUCAGAUUAAUUUCCUCUUAAUCCGAUCACACAUCGUUUGUACCAAUUUAAACUUCUGUCCGUUGCGACGAUCUCUCUCACUCGCUUAAUCAGCUGUUUCUUAACGCGGAUCAGAUUUGUUUACUAAUUAGACUUAUAAUUUUACUCAUACAUCUAACAUUUAUCUCGUGCAUCGUACAUAUACUUUAACGAGUCUCGCUACCGUUAGUCUUCUCGCAACACUUGACAAGGCAAAACAAACGCAGUUAAUUUGGUUCUUUAAACCCCUUGCCGUAAUCGAGUAUCGUUCACAUCUCUCGAUAAAAUUGUAUCUUUAACAGCUCUAUUCCAUUACAACAACGGUGUUAGUGUAUUCAGUACAUCAGUGUACUGUUAAACAGUUUAAAUUUUCAUUAAAUCGAUUAGCAUGGACAGCAGUGCAUCAUCAAGGACAGUGUUAAGACCUAUGGCUAACUUAAUUAAUACUCCAUCAAUGAAACAGUCUAUAUGCGCGCUGUGUACUUCCGGACACUUUCAAUAUCCUGCGAAGAGAUCAUUUCAACGGCGCCAGUCCGCCAUGUUGAAAGGUUUAUGCUUCGGCACUAUGGGGCCACAUCUCCUAAAGAAUUGUCAUACACCCGAUCGAUGCGGAAUAUGUCAGAAGCAUCACCACACGUCAAGUAACUUAGCUAAGUCUGUAUCCUUUUCAUUUUCGUCUUCAAAUUCCAAACAUAUUUCCGGUAUUCCGGAAAGGGAACUCACGGUGUUGAACGCCUCUCGCCCCCUCUGUUCGUCGUCCCGUCCAAAUAUCAUCAGACGUACGCCCGUCCUUCUCGCGACCGCGUUGAUAAUCGUGGUGUCUGAAAACGGUGAACAUUUUCAUGCUCGUGCCCUGCUCGACCAAGGGUCCGAGGUUUCGUUUAUAACCGAAUUGCUCGCGGAAAUGCUCGGACUAACGCGUCGAUUUUCUGCCGUACCGAUCAUCGGUAUCGGGGCGCAGCGAUCGGACGUUGCACGAGGAGCUACCAGUUUUCAGCUAGUCUCACGCGUCGAGUCUUUCACGUGUCACGUUGACGCUCUUAUUUUGCCAGAACUCACGACCUCUUUACCAGCUGCCCCUAUCUUUCGUACGCAAUGGUCGCAUCUGGAAGGAUUGAGUCUAGCUGAUCCUGAUUUUGCAAAGCCAAGUAAAAUAGAUGUUAUCCUCGGCGCUCGCGUGUAUUCGCAGAUCAUUCGAAAAGGACUUCGGCGUGGAUCCGGCGGCGCUCCUAUCGCUCAACAAACGUACCUGGGUUGGGUGCUCUCUGGUCCCAUCGACGCGACUCUCAUGGAGUCGGUUCGUUUGGACGAAUCUUCUGUACAUGAACUGCAAUACUCGCCCGAUUACAAAUCGCUAGAAAAAGCAAUGACUUGUGACCAGCAACCUAUAUCGAAAGAAUCACAUUUGGGAGUCCUCCUUAACAGGGGUCCUAAACUGCGGAUGAAUCUUACGAACAUUCUCGUUCGCUGGAGAUGGUACGCGAAUGCAGUCUCCACGGACAUUGAGGCAAUAUACCAUCAAAUGCGAGAUAAAGAAGAUGGCCGACCUCUGCAGCAAACUUUAUGGAGAGAAAAUGACGCCAACGUAUCGGAUAGCUUUCAACCCUAUAUUGUAAUGUAUGGUCUGGCCAAUACUUCAUACAUGGCACGUCGAACAUUGCAACAAUUUAAAGAAAAUGUUGAUCUCGAAGAACGUAAUGUCAAGUGCUCUACUAUCACCAUAAAUUGCACUUCUGUUGUACGAGACCUCGUUCAGCGCUAUUCAAGUUUAACAAAACUCCUACGGAUUACUGCUUGGUGUGGUCGUGUGGGGAAUCGGUUUCGUCGUCUCUUAUCUUAAUUAUUAAAAAUUGGUUAAACCAACUUCAUUGGUCCCAAUACUAAAUUGGUAUAAUGUCAAUACUUGGACAGUACAUGUGUAUUCAUGUUAACUAAUGAUGGGACACAGCGAAAAUUUGAUCUUCCUUCUGCUCCUCAGUUAGACGAAAAUAAGAAACUGGCGUGAAAUUCUAUUUCUAUUCUAGUUCUAUUUUUAUACUUCAUAUAUAAAAAUGUUUCCAUGCAUAUACAUAAUGUGCAAAGUUUGAAACACGAGAUAAACAAGUGAGCUAUUAUAGUAGCGUACCGUAGUUAAAAGGUUAAGAGCCAACAGCAGUGAUAGUAGCAUCUCCAGCGGAGUAACAGUGAAAUACAAAAAAGUAAUUCACAUCUUUCGAACACAAUUCUAAGAGAAAUUCAUCACAAGUAUGUGAUAUCUAUAUUCAAGAGAAGUGUACCGAUUGCGGCAUAGGGCGUUUUUUGAGAAAAAUUGGAAUCUUUUGGGCCGUCGCUCCUGUUAACCCUAAACAAAAUGUAAGAUCUGAUGGGCCAUAUUAAAAGACAUACUAGAGAUAUUUACAAUAAAUCACAUGUCUGAGACCUGAAUUAACCAGGCAAAUAAUAAUCCGAAACGUGUUGUCGGAGAAUAUUUAGCAGUGAAGAGAUUAACAUAAUACAAUAACAAUCUUCGGAUUAACAACGCUUCCACCUUUGGGGCUUCGCGGGCCGUUAUUUAUAUUGGAAAUCACGCGAUCCUAUGCCAACAGUCCAUUCUCGCGAGGCCUCCCACUCUCUUGCCUCCUUUGACUCGUGUAGCUAGUAGACCGCCAUUAGACCGAACGCUCAUAGAGUCACGGGUCGCCUCAGUGAGCGUCAGUGAGCGUAUACUGUCGGCAUUAUUAGCGAGAAACGCGGUCUCGGCGGAGUCCUUCUAGCGAUGGCUUCCCGAAGGCGGCAGUGCGCCGCGCGUGAAAAUGCGGACUGCUAUAUUUCCCAGAGAAGCCUGACUUGAUUGGUAGUGUAGAAGUAGGAAUUAUAUAAACGAAGGAACAGAAUUGAGUUAAAUACCAUGCUUUAUUAAUAUAGGUGGUAAAUAACACAUUUCAUAUUAAUUUUACUAUACAUUAUAAAAAAAAUGAUCAUACAUCAAUAUUACAAAAGUCAUAGUUCCAUUUUAUCAGGAGCAAUAAUUCCACUGUGCAAAGCUGUAAUUGUCAAUUCGUUCACCUGAAAAUGAAUAAAUAAAUAUUUUCGGUUGAAA